UCGAACAUCGAGGAUGCUUCAAUGAUUAUAAGUUUACAAUUCAGUUAGCUUUCACUUUCGGUCGCAGAGAAUACAGCUCGAUAUCAUUCAAGAUUUCUGUGUAGAACUCAGAAAAUAUGUCACAACAACCCUUCCGCCCUAUCAAGCGACUCCUCAUAGCAAAUAGAGGAGAAAUAGCAACGCGUAUUCUAUCCACAGCACGCGAACUGAAUAUAGAAACCUACACCCUUUACACCACCAACGACUCAUCACACACUCUCAACUCAACCCAUUCCAUUCAACUUCCAUCUCCAUCUUCAUAUCUCGAUAUCUCAACUCUAAGCUCUAUUGUUCAAAAGCACAAUAUCGAUGCUAUUCAUCCAGGUUAUGGAUUUCUCUCAGAAUCUGCCGAGUUUACAGAAAGAAUGUGGAGAGAAGCCAACGCGGUUGUUGUCGGACCUGGAUUUCGAAUUUUAGAAAGAACAGGUGAUAAAUUGAUGGCGAGAAAUCUUGCACAGGAGUGUCACGUUCCUAUUCUCCCAGCCCUUCAGGUACCCACAGAUGAUGUGACUCAACUCCAGGAAUUUGCUUCAAAAGUCGGUUAUCCUAUUAUCAUUAAAGCAGUAGAUGGAGGGGGAGGUCGGGGUAUUAGGAUUGUGACACAAGAAGAUGAGCUGCAAGGGAUGUUAAAAGCAGCAUUGAGAGAAAGUCCAAGCAAGAAAGUAUUUGCAGAGAAAGCGGCUGUGGAUGGAUAUAGACAUGUGGAAGUACAAAUCAUUGGCGAUGGCCAAGGAGGAGUAAGACAUCUUUGGGAGAGGGAGUGUAGUAUCCAGAGGCGGUUUCAAAAAGUGGUGGAGUUUGCUCCUUGUUCAAUUACCGACAGGCUGGCUGUGGAGAAGGUCAUCGAAAGCGCAUUGAGGAUGGCUAGAAAAGUGAAUUAUUACUCGCUUGGAACUUUCGAAUUUCUGGUCCGGCAAUCACCACCAGAAUUCUAUUUUCUGGAAAUCAAUCCGCGUUUACAAGUCGAACACAGUAUUACCGAAUGUCUAGCCUCUGGGAUCGACCUAGUUAAAGUUCAACUUCUUCUCGCCCAAGGAUGUUCCCUCUUAUCACUUCUCCCGCAAUCUCUCCCUUCAUCCCCAUUAGCCCCGCCUCAUAUCCACUCCCUGCAACUCCGCAUUACAGCCGAAUCCCCCUCUCAAAACUUCUCACUCAGUCCGGGAAAAGUCUCAUCUUUUUACUUUCCCUCAGGAAACGGUAUUCGAGUAGACACACAUUUGCACCCUUCAAUCCCCGCAAUCAUCGGCACAGAUUUCGAUAGUCUACUGGCAAAGCUGAUCAUUACUGCACCUACCUGGCAAGAUGUCGUCGCGAGAGCUAAACGAGCGUUAGAAGAUACAGUUAUCAUCGGAAUUGAAAGUAAUCUGGACUUAUUAAGAGCCAUCAUUGAUAAUGAUGCGUUUGAGAAGCAAGAGUGUGAUACGAGAUGGUUGGAGAAAAAUUUACCGGUGUUGCUCAGACCCGCCAAGAAGAUAAGCGAGGGCUUGAAGAAUUCUGCAGUACCGGUCUUGACGAGCUCAAUACCACCUUUACCAUCUUCAUCGAGUGUGGUGUUCCGUCCGAGAGAUGCCUGGAAUAUUGAACUUACUCCUGAUGAAUCGUUCAAUUCGAAUGCAAAACCCGGAGAUUCAACGCCGAUACCAUAUCAUAUGCAAAUAACCCGCAUCCUCACCAAUAACUUUCCUUCUUCGCUCAAAGCCAACAUCAUAUUCGCUUCUCCCUCCACCACCACAAAACCAACUCCCUACACACUCUCCCUCACCUCAUCCUCCUCUACUCCCAGCUCCCAACAAUCUUCCCACCGUCUAGGUAACCCCCAAAAUUCAAACCAUAUAACAACACCCUUCCCGGGAAAACUCAUCGAAAUCUGCGUAGAGAAAGGAGAUCAGAUAGUAGCUGGUCACACAAUCUGUGUGAUUAGACAGAUGAAAAUGGAAGUUGAAGUUAGGAGUCAGAAAGAUGGGGUUGUGAAGUGGGUUUUUGGGGAUGGAGAAGAGGAUCGAUGGGAAGAGAAGGAGGAAGGAGAGAAUGUGGGUGUAGGGAUUCUGGACGCUGCUACAAUCCCGCUUGUUUAUUUGACUUCAAUUUACUCUCUUUUCAAUAUUGGAAAUCUACAAAAGGGCCAGUCUGUAUUGAUCCAUUCCGCCACUGGAGGUGUCGGUCUCUCUUGCAUCCAACUUUGUCAAUACAUCGGUGCAGAGAUCUUUGUAACUGUCGGGACCGAAGAGAAGCGACAGCUCUUAUCUGAAAAAUAUGGAAUCCCUCACGACCACAUGUUUUCAUCUCGAAAUACAAAAUUCGCAUCUGAGAUCAUGGAGGUCACUGAUGGCAAAGGAAUCGACGUCAUCAUCAAUUCACUCACAGGCGAACUAUUGGACGCAUCGUGGAGAAUCUGUGCUGAUGGCGGAAGCAUGAUCGAGAUUGGUAAAAAGGAUAUGGUUGCCCGCAGUUACCUUUCCAUGGAGCCAUUCGAUCGUAAUUGUUCGUUUAAAGCUGUGGAUUUCUCGUACACGAAGCACAUCACUGAUAAACUUAUUGCCAAACUUUUGACACGGAUAUUCGAUCUUUUGGAAGCUGGCCACAUCGGUCCCGUUCAUCCAAUCACAACCUUUCCAUUCGACGAUAUCGCAGCUUCCUUUGCAUUUAUGCGUAGCGGACGUCAUAUCGGAAAGAUUGUGAUUACGAGAGAAGAGAACGCCUCUAUCGAACUUCCAGUACGCCCACCAACCAAGAAACUUCGUCUUCGACACGACGUCUCUUAUCUUAUUGUUGGCGGUCUCAAGGGUCUCUGCGGAAGUCUUGCAGUCCAUAUGGCACGCAAUGGAGCUAAACACAUUAUCUCCAUGUUACGGAGUGGGUGCUCGGAUCAGAAAUCUCAAGGUACAGUCUUGAAUUGCAAGGCUCUCGGGUGUGAGAUCCAAGAGGCCAAAGGUGAUGUGUCGAGUAUUGACGAUGUGAAAAAUGCCUUCAAAGCUGCGAACAAGCCGAUCGGAGGUGUAAUUCAAGGAGCUAUGGUUUUGAGGGAUAAACCUUUCGAGAUCAUGACAAUUGAAGAUUACCACACCACAGUAUCGAGUAAAGUGCAAGGAACCUGGAAUCUACACAAUGUAGCUUUAGAGCAAGAAACCCCCCUCGAUUUUUUCACCAUGCUCUCGAGUAUUUCUGGUGUCAUCGGACAGAAAGGGCAAGCCAAUUAUUCAGCCGGAAACGUCUUCAUGGAUGCCUUUGCUAGUUACAGACAAUCUCUUAAUCUCCCAGCCAAUGCUGUAGAUCUCGGUGUAAUACAGGAUGUCGGAUAUGUAGCCGAGCAAGGCGGAAUGACAAGUCAUUUCGAUGACAGACAAUGGACAGGCAUUAACGAACAAAUUCUUCGAAAAAUUCUCAGCUACUCCAUCUUCCAACAAGUUUGCCCAAUCAACAAAGCGAGUUCCGCCCAGCUCAUCACUGGUAUUGCGGUACCUCUUCCAGACGACUCGCCUCUUAUCCGAGAUGCUCGAUUUGGCCAUCUCUUCGCAAAUACGGAUUCUAGUGGUUCCGGAAAAGGAAGCGCGGAUGAUAGUUCAAAGGAACUUCAAGUUUUCCUGCUUCUCUAUCGUUCUGGUGCUGAGGCUGUUCCUAUGGUCGCAGCGGCAGUUGAAGUUGUCAACAUGCAAUUCACGAAGAUGUUGAGAUUGGAUGAGCCGAUGGAAGUAGGGAAGCCUUUGUCAGUGUAUGGACUUGAUUCAUUGUCGGCAGUCGAGUUCCGGAAUUGGGUGAGGAUGGAAUUGGGGGCUGAAUUGACGACGCUUGAUAUUACUAAUGCUAGUUCUCUCACUUCUUUGUGUGAGAAGAUUGUGGCGAAGAUGCCUCCGCUUACGAAGAGUGGUUGA